ACAAGGAAAAAUACAUAAAACAUACCCCAAAAUCUUAACAGUGAUUAGUCUGGUUAGAGGAAUUAUGAGUAAAUUUUCCCUUUGUGUAUGUUUGUUUUUCUGUGCGUAUUCCCCAAAUUUCUGAAUUUAACAUGUAUUGUUUUCAUAAUUAGAAGCAAAACCAGUAAUAUUUUCCUUUUUAAAGGAUGGUGAUAGAGUGUGACUGUCUGGCUGUUUAGACUGGCUGUGUGCAUCUGUGGGGUCAUCACAAGUUCAGGGGUUCAUUCUAAACUUUCAAGUUUAUACGCACAAUUUGAUUAGUUCAGUAAAGAACUGAUGAUGGUACAGAAAUGAUCAGACUGGUUCCCUGCCCUUAACUCCCAUUACUACUGCCUAUAUUCUUAUUUUUCCACUAGGAUAGAUUCCCCCAAAUGUAAUCACUUCCUCAAAGAAUUUGACUCUUCUAAUGCUCUUCAAGCAGAGUACCAAAUUACUUUGCAAAAAAUCUGUACUAGCAAUGUUGGGAAUGACAGCAUCAUGCACUCCUAAGCACUGACUAUUUUUGUUAUUUACCACCAUGUGAACAGUUUUAAAGCUGUUCAUUUGCAUUUGCAUUUUUAAAAAUUUCUAGUAACCACGCCAAGUUCACACGCUUUUUACUUAUUCUAUUUUCUUUGGUUAUAACUUUUAGAGACAAAGGAUUCCAUUUGUGUGAAAGGAAGAAGCAGACACCUGGGGCAGGAGCAGUGGUCCAGGAGUCAGGAAUCCAGGUCCUACUGCAAUAGUUUCCUGACUGGCCCCCCCACUUCCAAGCUUGACCCCUGCAAAUAGCAACCAGAGAGGUCAUUUUAGAACUUCAAUCAGAUCAUGUCCCUCUCCUGCUUCAAACCAUCCAAAGGCUUCCCAUCGCUGAAAAAUAAAAUCCAGCUCUGCCAUGACGGGCAAGGCUCUGCUGUGCAACCUGGGUCACUUCACCGCAGCCACACUGGCCUUCCCUUUGUUCCUCAAACAUCCCACUUGUUCCACCUCAGAGCCUCUGUCCUUGCCCGGCAGGCAUGCUCUUUUGUCAUUUAUGCGCGUGGCUCCUUCUCCUUCAGGGUUUAGCUCAAACAACCCCUCCUCGACAGGCCUUCCAUGCCUCCCCCAUCGCGCUCAUUCUGUUUUAUUUUCAUAGCACCUAUCACAGCCCGAAAUGAUCCUGAGCAAUUGCCGCUCCACUUGUUCUUUUUCUGCCUCCCACAUCAGAAAAUAAGCUCCAAGACAGGCAACCCUGCCUGGCUCUUUUCCUGCCGCGGCCCCAGCCUCCUGCAGACGAGACAUUAACUAUUGAGUGAAUGAAGAUCUACGUGGACCUCAGGGCGCGGCAUCUUUAACGAGGGGGCUAUCCUGAUGAAUGUGAGCAGAUUUAAGGGGAAGCACCCACUCAAUGAAGCCAGCGCACUCUAGCUCGGGGAUUUCUAGAAACCCCAGAGGAGGAAGUCUUAAUAGGGAAUCAGGGAGCGAGGGCGUGGAGAGUCACUGAGGGUCCGCGCGGCGUCCUCUUUUCCCAGGUUGGAGAGCGCGGGAGACCUCGCGCGACGCUCUAAGGGGAACACGGGCGUAGAGCGAUUUGGAAGAGUUUUCAUUUUUUAGGCACGGGGACCUGAUGGGAAGCAAACGGGAAGCAAGCUGAGGAGACGAUGAGCCAAAGAGCGGCGAGCGCCGGCGCACUUGGGCGGGCCCGCGGGUGGAGCGCGAGCGAGGCUGGCCAGACGUCGCUCGCCCCGUGUCCCCGGCCCGCCCCAGGUGCCACCACAAACGCCUCCUUCCGCCCCCUUGCGGGUCUGCUUUCUCGGAGCAGUUAAAGGGCUUUCAAAAUACUAAAUGCAACUGACAUCUUUUCCUGAGUUAAACUCUGAACCACGCAGAAACAGAGACAGCAGUCCCAGCGCCCACACCACGAGACGCCCCACCACCUGCAUUCUCACCCGCUCAGGCCACCGAGGCGCGGGGCGGGGCCUGCCCGCUGACGUCAGCGGGCCGGGACUGCGCAGGCGCGGGGCGGGCUCGCAGGCGCUGUCGCGCGCGGGGCAGUUCGCGCGGGAGCGGGGCGCCUGGGCGCCCGUGCUGCAGGUCGGUGGAAACGGAAGCUGCUGCGGGGCGGAGAGGAAGCCAGGAUGGCGACUCCGAGUAGGAAGACGUCGACCCCAGGCCCCCUGGCCUCCAAGAGACCUCUCCCGAGAGAUCCUUCAUCCGAGGUCCCGAGCAAGAGAAAGAGUUCGGCCCCGCCGGCGCCACGGCCACUGCAGUCGUCCGGGCCUUUCGUGGAAGGCUCCAUCGUCCGCAUCGCGAUGGAGAACUUCCUAACAUAUGAUGUCUGUGAAGUAGCUCCUGGACCCCACUUGAAUAUGAUUAUUGGAGCUAAUGGAACAGGGAAGUCCAGCAUCGUGUGUGCCAUUUGCCUUGGACUAGCAGGCAAACCUGCUUUCAUGGGACGGGCAGAUAAGGUUGGCUUUUUUGUGAAGAGAGGAUGUUCCAAAGGCAUGGUUGAAAUUGAAUUGUUCAGAACUUCUGGAAAUCUUGUAAUCACCCGUGAGAUUGAUGUGGCAAAAAAUCAGUCCUUUUGGUUUAUCAACAAAAAAUCUACAACCCAGAAAGUAGUAGAAGAGCAAGUUGCAGCCUUAAAUAUUCAAGUGGGCAAUCUUUGCCAGUUUUUACCUCAGGAUAAAGUUGGAGAAUUUGCUAAACUCAGUAAAAUUGAACUCCUUGAAGCUACUGAGAAGUCAAUUGGUCCUCCAGAAAUGCACAGAUACCACUGUGAACUUAAAAACUUCAGGGAGAAAGAAAAACAACUAGAGACCUCAUGCAAAGAGAAAACUGAAUAUCUGGAGAAAAUGAUUCAGAGGAAUGAAAGAUAUAAACAAGAUGUGGAGAGGUUCUAUGAACGUAAGCGACAUUUAGAUUUGAUUGAGAUGCUUGAAGCAAAAAGGCCAUGGGUGGAAUAUGAAAAUGUUCGUCAGGAAUAUGAAGAAGUAAAACUAGCUCGUGACCGAGUGAAGGAAGAGGUCAGAAAACUUAAAGAAGGGCAGAUUCCUAUGACACUUCGGAUAGAAGAAAUUGAAAAGCAGCGGCACAAUUUGGAGGCUCGAAUCAAAGAGAAGGCAACGGAUAUUAAGGAGACAUCUCAAAAAUGCAAACAAAGGCAAGAUGUUAUAGAAAGGAAAGAUAAACAUAUUGAGGAACUUCAGCAGGCUUUAACAGUAAAACGAAAUGAAGAGCAUGACCGGCAGCGGAGAAUAAGUAAUACCCGCAAAAUGAUAGAAGAUCUGCAAAAUGAACUGAAGACCACAGAAAACUGUGAGAAUCUUCAACCCCAGAUUGAUGCCAUUACAAAUGAUCUGAGACGAGUUCAAGAUGAAAAGGCAUUAUGUGAAGGGGAGAUAAUUGAUAAGCGAAGAGAGAAGGAAACUCUAGAGAAGGAAAAAAAGAACGUGGAGGAGCAUAUUGUACGUUUUGACAAUCUUAUGAAUCAAAAAGAAGACAAGCUGAGACAGAGAUACCGUGACACAUACGAUGCUGUUUUAUGGCUAAGAAAUAACAGAAACAAAUUUAAGCAGAGAGUCUGUGAGCCCAUAAUGCUCACGAUCAAUAUGAAAGAUAAUAAAAAUGCCAAAUAUGUUGAAAAUCAUAUUCCAUUGAAUGACUUGAGAGCUUUUGUAUUUGAAAGUCAAGAAGAUAUGGAGGUUUUUCUCAGAGAGGUUCGUGACAAUAAAAAAUUAAGAGUAAAUGCUGUUGUUGCUCCCAGGGUUUCACAUGCAGACAGAGCACCUUCAAGAUCUCUAAAUGAACUAAAACCAUAUGGGUUUUUCUCUUAUUUACGCGAGUUAUUUGAUGCACCUGAUCCUGUCAUGAGUUACCUUUGCUGCCAGUAUCAUAUUCAUGAAGUUCCUGUAGGAACUGAGAGGACCAGAGAAAGAAUUGAACGGGUAAUACAAGAAACCCGAUUAAAACAAAUUUAUACAGCAGAAGAAAAGUAUGUGGUGAAAACUUCUUUUUAUUCAAACAAAGUUAUUUCUAUUAACACAUCCCUAAAAGUAGCCCAGUUUCUCACAGUCACUGUAGAUCUAGAGCAAAGACGACACUUAGAGGAACAGCUAAAGGAAAUUAAUAAAAAAUUGCAAGCAGUGGAAUCAGACUUGAUUGCCUUACAUGAGACAAACAAACGUCUCGAACACAAAGACAAUGAACUUAGACAAAAGAAGAAGGAGCUUCUUGAAAGGAAAACCAAGAAAAGACAACUGGAACAAAAAAUUAGUUCCAAACUAGGAAGUUUAAAGCUGAUGGAACAGGAUACUUGCAACCUCGAAGAGGAAGAGCGAAAAGCAAGUGCUAAAAUCAAAGAAAUACAUGUUCAAAAAGCAAAACUUGUUACCGAAUUAACAGACCUGAUAAAGAGUUGUACUUCUUUGCAUAUAAAAAAAGUAGAUUUAAUUCUUCAAAAUACUACAGUGAUCUCCGAGAAGAACAAAUUAGAAUCAGAUUAUAUGGCUGCUUCAUCACAACUACGUGUCACAGAGCAACAUUUCAUUGAGUUGGAUGAAAACAGACAGAGAUUAUUGCAGAAAUGCAAAGAACUUAUGAAGAGAGCUAGGCAAGUAUGCAACCUGGGUGCAGAGCAGACUGUUCCUCAAGAAUAUCAGACACAAGUACCCACCAUUCCAAAUGGACACAACUCCUCACCCCCCAUGGCUUUCCAAGAUCUUCCAAACACAUUGGAUGAAAUUGAUGCUUUAUUAACUGAAGAAAGAUCAAGAGCUUCUUGCUUCACAGGACUGAACCCUACAGUUGUUGAGGAAUACACAAAAAGAGAAGAAGAAAUAGAGCAAUUAACUGAGGAACUAAAGAUAAAGAAAGUUGAACUGGAUCAAUAUAGGGAAAGCAUUUCACAGGUAAAAGAAAGGUGGCUUAAUCCUUUAAAAGAGUUGGUAGAAAAAAUUAAUGAGAAAUUCAGCAAUUUUUUUAGUUCCAUGCAGUGUGCUGGUGAAGUUGAUCUCCAUACGGAAAACGAGGAAGACUAUGAUAAAUAUGGAAUUCGAAUUAGAGUCAAAUUUCGCAGUAGUACUCAACUGCAUGAACUAACUCCUCAUCAUCAAAGUGGAGGUGAAAGAAGUGUUUCUACUAUGCUAUACUUGAUGGCACUUCAAGAGCUUAAUAGAUGUCCAUUCAGAGUGGUUGAUGAAAUCAAUCAGGGAAUGGACCCGAUCAAUGAACGAAGAGUAUUCGAAAUGGUUGUAAAUACUGCUUGUAAAGAAAACACAUCUCAGUACUUCUUUAUUACGCCAAAGCUCCUGCAAAACCUUCCUUAUUCUGAGAAGAUGACGGUAUUGUUCGUCUACAAUGGCCCUCAUAUGCUGGAACCAAAUAGAUGGAAUUUAAAGGCUUUCCAAAGGCGGCGGCGCCGAAUUACAUUCACUCAACCUUCUCAAUAAAAGUAAAGGGCGAGAACUUUGGUAUUUUUCUGUUAAAUCCUGUUUAUAAGUACAGCUCAACUGAAUAAAAGGAGAUUCAAUAAGACUAAAAGAUCGGUUAUUUUUGAAAAUCUGCUGUUAGGUAUAAAUGGGCUGAUGAAUGGAGAUCAUAAUAACUUCUUUCUGUGGAAUCGUCUGGUAGUAAAAGUUAAAUCAUCUUCAAGCGUUGUUGAACUUGAGUCCUUUUAGCGCUCUGACGGUGAGUCAUUGGUUCCCACGUUAGAAGGUGUUCACUAUUUCAAAUCAAGGUACCGUGGAAGGGUUCUCAAUCACAAGAAGUUUAGGUGACAUAGUAACCCUGAGCUUGAAUCACAGAGUAACUUUAAUUACUUUUAGAGUCUAAAGAUGACUGGACAGCUUGUCAUAGUUUUCUCCUAGUGUUACAUUUAAUUUUUAAAAAUUGAUAUGGAAAUGUCUGGUCUAAUGUAUCGUAAUAAUUUAUGACAAAUAUAUUCAUUUCUUCCUAUUAAAAACGAUUACCUUAUCCCCACUAGGAAAUGGAAUUUUAUGGGCAUUCAAGAAAUCUUAUGGAACUUGAUAAUAUAAUUGCAUUGGUAUCUCAAAGGGAAAAAAAGUACUGAGGUUCAAAACUGGUAGCAGGACUUCUUUGAAUGCCACAAGGUGGCCACUAAAUGAUGCAAAAUGCAACCAAAAGAUUGACAGAGAAUAAAAUCAAGUGACAAGGGUUUUUAAAGAAUAACCCUGUAAACUGUAUGGGACUUUUUUUUUAAUUUAAAGUCAAUUGUAUUUUACAUCUUAAAUUUCUAAAAGCAUUUUUAUAAUUAUUUUUAGUAAGAUUUUUCUUAAGAUUUCAUAUGCUGGUUUCUACGAUUUAUAUUUGAAAUUUCUCAGUGUUAAUGUAAAGAGUGAGGGAAAGCAUUGAUUUGUUUAAAACCAUAAUGUUUCUAGAACCUAACCGUAUAGAUCCUUUCUUACAGUGUUGAUCCUAUCCCAUUAUCUUAGAAAAUCUAGUUUUAACUGUUUUCUUUUAGCAUGAAAGAAUUAGAUGAGAAAAUCAUUUGUUUGUCUCUGAGAUAUACUAAUUAACAGUGCCAAAACAAAUUCUGUUCUUUUAAAAAACAAAUCUUGUAAGAUAAUGGACUAGUCCAUGAAUAGUGGAUUGGAUCUGUGCCGGUAAAGACAAAGUUAUUUUUUGACUUGGUAGCUUGAAUAAAUUGAAGAAUUGCAUUCAGUUUGGGUUUUGUAUAUUCUUAAAUAGCCACUGAAAUUUAGAUUCUUAUUAGGUCAAAAAAUAAUGAACCAUAAGUUUAUCGCCUCUCACUUGGACAUUUUCUCUUUAAAAGGGUAUUUUUUUCCUUGAUAAAAAUUUUAAAAUAAAGAGCCUUCUCCUCUUAAACUGAGUCUAAUGCCUGUACCAUGAAAAUAUUUUAAAAUAAUUUUACCAGUGUGAACAACUCAUGUAAACAUUGAAAAACUUGGUAACAUUAGUAAAUGGUGGUGGUUACCAAAUGUUUUUGUUGUUUAAUACUUUAAAACGUUUUCCACCAAAAUACCUUUACUAAUAUGUGUUUGGUGUAGUUUGUUUAUUGUCUUGGUUUGUGCCAGUCGUCCUCUUUCUGCAAAAUGAAUAUCAAUGUGAAAAAGAAGCUUGAAGAUUAGGUGUGUUUGAAAAUAGAAUGGUCAGUUGCAUUUCAGUUUACAUAUGCCAACAAUUAUUCCAUACCUUGUGUAUAAACAUUUUUAUUUCUCUACUGGACAAAAUUAGUAUUUGAUUUUACAUUGAAUUUUGAGCUGUGAAGGAUAAAUUAUGUAUCAUUUUACAUAGUAAUAAAAGUCUAUCACAUUGUAGUCUCAGCCACUUAAAACUUUAUAUAUUUUCUGCAAAAGUUGAUUUUUAAUUACAUACAAAUUGUAAAAACUUCAAGUAAAAGUCUGAUUUGAUGAGUGAAAUAUUUGAAACCUUAAAGUGACAAGCAAGUAUUUUUAAUGACGAAAUCUUCAUUGAUUUGCCUAAGGAGAAAAUCUCUAUUAAAGGGUUUUUAAUAUUCAGAGUAAAAGAAAAGACUUCUUGCUGCUUUCUACUUGUCUUUUGGACAUGUGCUUAUUUUCUUUGAAGUCUGAAUCUUUAUUACGUGAAAAAUGUAAUUUUGUCCUGCUAUUGUGUGUCUUCGUGUGUGUGUAACUGAAAAAACUCUUUGUGGGAAAUGCUACUUUGUUGGUAAUAAAUGCAUAUUUUCAUAUUC